CCGGCGAUUCGUCUGUGCUGUUGAUUGACUGCUUCGUUCGAUAAUUGACAGUUGCCUGCCGCUGGGGGGCUGGAGUCCGUCGCAUGUCUGGGUUGUUAAUAAUAAAAAUAACAAUGCUUCCCGCCCGGUGACCGUUGCAAUGCCACAUCUGCCUUGAAAGCCAGAUAUUAUCGGCACUCGUCGACUGCGUCCCAUUGUAUGAUAGAUAUUAGGCGUCGGAGAAAAUAAGGUCGACCUCGUCCUGCAGUGGUGGUGCGUGCUUUCUAGAACCUCGCACAACCCAGCAGUCUAACUAAGCAGGGUGUGUGGUCAUGGUGACUCGAGGAGUGGGGGGGCGAGUGGUGGAGGCAGACAUGUCUCACCUCGCCAACCUCCUCGGCCCUCAAAUCCAGCUGCGCUGAGUGGGAACUUUUUCUUUUCUUUCUUCCUUUUCGGUGCCCAGCUUAACUCCAGAGCGUUCGCCCGUUGUGGCCUCGUAGUGGAACUUCAGACAACGACAAAUUUCAGAUGUUCAUGCCAUCUGAAAAUCUGCGACACCGCCACGGGGUCGAUCAGGCCCGACAAGUUUCGCAAGUGACGAUGCUGAGGCAGAUUGGGUUUGGAACGGUCCAAACAUGUACUGUGGUACCGGCCGGGGCGUCCAGGGAUGCCGCAUCAUCCGAGCCUACCUAAGUAGUGCAUGGGUCUGCACACUAAACCGUCUACGAUGCGAGGUGCUGAAAAGGGUGACGAGAUCCUUCAAAAACAGACUUUGCAUAGUCUGGAUGACAGUUACUUCUUUCCCAGGAUGGGCUUGUUCGUCCUUGUCUCAUCAUCAACCGGGACAGAAAAACUACAAUUGCGAAGCGUGUUCAAGUGGGAGAACGAUCCCAAAAGUGUCAGAGUGGAUCGCAAAGCCCGCUUCGUGAUUAGGGGAGCACCAGCAUUGAUGUCUGCUGCAGGUUUCGUUUGCCAUCGAGCGGAAUGAUGUGCAUCCAAAGUGGAGAGUCGCAUCGAGUCAUGAAACUGGCCGAAAUCAAGUGUUCCUUAAAGAUUUGCAUGACUUUCUCUGCGCCGUGAGAAACACCCAAGACGCAAGGUGAGAAGCACCAAUGCUUGGCCCAUUUCAUGAUUUCGGCACCCAACUGAAGGAUUGUGAUGAGAUGAGUCCGUGAUAUCAAGUGUCAAGGCCAACGUAUGCCGUGAUGAGUUGAAGUCUUUGUCACCACGCGUUAGUGCCUCGUGCGGCUUCCACG